AUGAGUGGGCCGUUGUCCAUGGGUCCUAUGCUGGUGAUGGAGAGUAGUCAAGCGAACGGUGCAAUGUACCUCGGUGCUCAUCAUAUGCAACCAGGACCACCACCACCACCGCCACCCCCGCCAAUCCAGAAUGGUACCCAUGUACAGGCCACGUUGAUUCAUCCGCUUCAGUCAAUGCAUGGAUCUACUGCUACUGCAUCCGGUCAACAUAUCAUCAGUUCCUCCUCUUCCUCAAUGAAUCGCUCGCAAAGGUCCAUCUUCUUUGAAUAA